AUGGACAAUUACACGUCGGACUCAAGUGAUUCGGAUAAUCCAACGAAAACUUUGGAUUUCUCGUAUCUUUCGUUGGACUCGGAUGCUGUGAAGGAACGUUUGGGAUCUAUAAAAGAUCCCGAGAGUGUCGAGACAAUAUUACUACAUCAGAAUCAAUUGAAUCACGCACCGGGUAACAUAACAAAAUUCACCAAUUUACAUCUGCUCGACUUGUCGAAUUGUGGACUUUCCGAACUGCCAGAUUUUUUAAGCGAUUGCCCGCUUACCACGUUGGUUGCGAAAAAUAACAACCUGUCCAAUGACUCCUUGCCGAAAACAUUUGAGGCUUUUUCAACACUGAGGGAACUCAAUCUGAGUGGCAAUCGAUUGACCGAAUUUCCCGAACAAGUCUUACAACUGACAGCACUCCGAUAUCUCUACCUUGGAGGCAACGGUAUAUCGAGGAUCACAAAAGAUAUAUGGAAAUUGCAACGAUUGCAAAUUCUAUCGAUGGGAGGAAAUAGUUUAACCGAUGUUCCAUCGACGCUCGGUCAACUCACAACUUUGCACGCACUGAUCCUAUGCGAUAACAUGCUCGAGAGUUUACCCGGAUCGAUUGCUAAUUUGAAGAACUUGAAAUCGUUGUUAUUGCACAAAAACAGGCUCAAAACAUUACCUACUGAAAUAAUAACACUAAGCUGCCUUACAGAGUUGUCAUUGCGUGACAAUCCUUUGGUGGUUCGAUUUGUGUCUGACAUGACUCAUGAUCCUCCGUCAUUAUUGGAACUGGCGGCACGUGUUAUUAAAAUUAAUAAUAUUCACUACGGCAAAGAGGAUUUGCCGAAAAAUUUAACCGAUUACCUAAACAGCGGCCAUUGCUGCGUUAAUCCAAAUUGCAAAGGUGUAUUUUUUAACAACAGAAUUGAACACAUCAAGUUCGUCGACUUUUGUGGAAAAUAUCGGGUCCCGUUACUACAAUACUUAUGCAGCAGCAAGUGCAUUGAUCCAAGAUCAAACGAUGAUAACAUAGAUAGCAACGGAGUAAUGAUGCGGAAGGUUCUCUUGGGAUGACGAUUGCCGCUAGAAAACAUGUUUACUGGACUAAAGAACGAACAGUUGGGCGUGAAUACUUCGCCACAAAAAAUAAUUGACAUUUCAAUGAGUGCAAUAGAAUUUGGAACAAUACUUUACCUCUGCCGUAAUGUUUGUAGGAAUCCCAUUGAUUUCCGGGAGUGCAGCAUUAAUGGACAACAGUUCUUGAAUCUAUUUAUCGAAUCUCUGUAAAAUAGUAGAAUUAUCAACGAUUCUUGCAAUGAUGUAUGUAUAUUUAUGAAAAGAGAUAAGUGAAAAGAUAAGAUCGAUCAUGAAUUUUCUUCAUACAUAUAGACAUAUUUUUUAACAAUUUCGAUGUAAACAAUAAAAUUUAAGAUCAUUACCGACGAUGACUCGAAAGUAUGAGAUAAACCUUCAAUGGUAAUUAUUACAUCACUUUAAAGUGAAUGCAUAAUUGUUAACCUUUAUACUGAUUAAGAACUUAACAGCUCCAUUCUACAUGCAAUUCUUAACAAAACCACUCUAAUACAAUUUCCUUAGACGCAAUAAUAAAGAAAUUAGAAUGUAUUGGACUGUUUUUGUUCGGAAUUGCGUGCAGAAUGGGGCCUUUAAGCCCUUAUUCCGGUUUGAGAUACAUGGACCUCGAUAUUCGGAGAUAAAUACGUCAAUAUCGAAAUCGACCAGAACACACCCUCAACUCCUUAUGAUGUUCAAUUCACCUUGUAAAGGUAUAUUUAUGACUCAAUAACACCGAUCGUUGAAAUUAUUAUUGCCACACAGGUAGUGAAUUGUAAAAUGAUGAAUUUUGGUAUUGAAGAAUUUCGUCAACGUUAUUAAUUGCUACCUCAUAAAAAAUACAUCUAGGUAUAGUUGGUAUUCAAAGCAUGAAAAUUGUGAAAUUGAAGAAAUUAUGGUUAAUCAUAGUUAAAAUUGACCGUACAAUAAAAAUCUUGAGCAAUAAACAAAAUAAAUUUCUAUA